GGGAGGACAGCAACUACCGAGACCGGUCGUCGUCCGCCAAUCUCCAGUCUUCAGUUGCCUGUUGGAAGCUUAGGUAGGAGCCAAAUCCUAGAGAGAGAAUCCCAUUCCCCUUCCCCUCUCUUCUGUGUGACCGUCUGGUAGAAUUUUCAGGGCAGUCCCUCUUUCUCUCUCCUCUCUGGGUGCGUCCAAUUCGUGCUCUCCCUUCGCCAAGCUCCCUCCUUUCUCUCUCCUUCUCCCUCUCUGGAGGCUGGAGUAGUUCGUUCUAUACGAAAGCUUUUGUCUUUUCUUCUGGGUUCGUUGGGUUCGAGAGGAGCUCUGCUUCUCUGGAGUGAGGGGAGCAUGGGGAGGAGCCUGCAAGUGGCGAUGGGGCUAUCGCCAAUGGAGGUCGCGGCCCUCGUCACCAGCUGGUGGGACGAGAUCAACGACUCCAGCCAGUGGCAGGACGGUAUCUUCUAUGCCCUCUGCGCCGCCUACGCGCUCGUCUCCACUGUCGCCCUGAUUCAAUUGAUAAGGAUUGAAUUGAGAGUGCCUGAAUAUGGUUGGACGACUCAAAAGGUUUUUCAUCUCAUGAACUUUAUUGUCAAUGGAGUGCGUGCUGUCGUGUUUGGGUUUCACAAUCAAGUCUUUGAUUUACAUCCAAAGGUUCUUACUUGGGUUCUGUUGGAUCUUCCGGGGCUCUUAUUUUUCUCUACAUACACUCUUCUUGUCCUCUUCUGGGCAGAAAUAUAUCAUCAGGCAAGAAGUUUACCAACAGAUAAACUAAGGACCGUUUAUAUUGCAGUCAAUGGUGCCAUAUAUUUCAUCCAGAUUUGCAUCUGGAUUUACCUGUGGAUCGAUGACAACAGCGUUGUGGAAUUUGUUGGGAAGGUAUUUAUUGCAGUUGUGUCAAUAUUAGCUGCAUUGGGCUUCUUGCUUUAUGGAGGAAGGUUGUUUUUCAUGCUGAGGCGCUUUCCUAUUGAAUCUAAAGGAAGAAGGAAGAAGCUCCAUGAGGUUGGAUCUGUCACAGCUAUAUGCUUCACCUGCUUCCUUAUCAGAAGUUUCGUGGUCCUUUUAUCUGCAUUCGAUACAGACGCAUCCCUUGACGUUUUGAAUCACCCGAUUCUAAAUUUGAUAUAUUACAUGCUGGUUGAGAUCCUACCUUCUGCUUUAGUCCUCUUUAUCUUACGGAAGUUGCCUCCCAAGAGGAUAUCGGCUCAGUACCAUCCAAUCCGCUAGUCAGAGUCAAUCCUUUUUUUGGUAGAUAGUUAUUCUUUUGUCCUCUUGAGGAUGGGUUUUUCAUGGUUCGACGGCUAGAGUUACCAAAGUUGAGUAAUGGGAAGCAGAGCCACGAGGGAAAAAAAGGAAAAAAAAAAAUUCCAGAUGUAUCAUCAUUCUGGUAUGGCUCACAAUGCCGGCAAUUCUUUUUCAUUUAUAAUGUUGUAAUUUAUCGUAGGGGAGGUACCUUUCAUUUACUUCUUGUUCUCCUUUUUUUCAAAUUCACUUUCUUUUGAGCGGGGUUCGAGGGGCACACAGCAGAGGGCUGCAUGCUUGUAUAAUAAAUCACGUGCAGAUAUUGGUCGGGCAUUUGGAGAAAGAAAGAGUCAAUGCGAUUUCAGACAUCGGGUCCUCAUGUUUAUACCAAUGACAUAGGCCAUGUUUACAGGAGCUGGUGAAGAUCGUGUGUUACCUGUUUUCGGAUUCUUGAAGAUGAAGGAUGAAGUUGAUGUUUGUAUUACAGUGCUUGUGUUGCUAAUGUGGCUGUUUUCUGGCUCGUGUCGGGGAUGAACUGUAAUGUUGUUCAUCAGGAUGAUUGGUUUAAAGGUAGAUAGUUUUAGACUAGAAACUGGAAA